AUCCCCAGCUCAAGGGCAUAGUGACCAGGUUAUAUUGCAGGCAAGGCUACUACUUGCAAAUGCACCCAGAUGGAAGUCUCGAUGGAACCAAGGAUGACAGCACUAAUUCUACAUUGUUCAACCUCAUACCAGUGGGACUUCGAGUUGUUGCUAUCCAGGGUGUAAAAACAGGCUUGUAUAUAGCCCUAAAUGGAGAAGGAUUCCUUUAUACAUCAGAACUUUUUACGCCGGAAUGUAAGUUUAAGGAGUCUGUUUUUGAAAACUAUUAUGUAAUCUACUCGUCGAUGCUGUACAGACAGCAGGAAUCGGGUAGGGCCUGGUUCUUGGGACUCAACAAAGAAGGGCAAGUCAUGAAAGGCAAUAGAGUGAAGAAAACAAAACCAGCAGCUCAUUUUCUACCGAAGCCAUUGGAAGUUGCCAUGUAUCGAGAACCCUCUCUACAUGAUGUUGGGGAAACAGUGCCAAAGGCUGGGGUGACGCCAAGUAAAAGCACAAGUGCAUCGGCAAUAAUGAAUGGUGGAAAACCAGUGAACAAGAGUAAGACCACAUAGCCAGAGCCUUGGGGAUGUUGUGACUUACGGAACUCUCUAUGUACAGCUGAGCACUUUAUCCUUGCAAGACUCUCCCACUCUGGUGUCUGCGGAUUGGCUGGAAGCAAGUGACGGCUUGCUCUGUACUCCUUCCAAAUCUGUAACUCCUCCCACAGCAAAAGACUUCUGGAUGACCAGCUGAACUCCGACCAUAGAAUGCCCUACCAGAUAUGGAAUGCCUUUUAAUCUCUUUUCUGUGACUGUGACACCUCAUGUGAAUGGCAUACUUCACAAGUACACUUGAUAUCUCUUGCCUGCUGACAGUUACCCAUAACUCCCCCUUUGGAGCCCAGGAGACCCCCCUCCCCUCCCUCCCCUGUGUUUCAAGUUCAAUUUUGUAGCCCACAGAAUAAUAACAAGUAAUUUCUAGAUAGAUGCUGUAAAACCUGUGCUAUUAUGGAUUUUUUCUUCCUCCUCUUUUUUAUGAGGCUGCUUGCUCCGCUGUCUGUGUGACUCCUUUGCAGGGAUUAUGUUUUGCUCAGAUUGAAGCGUUGCUGAUGGCUUAGUUUUGGAAAGCAAUCAGAGAACUAGGGGAGCCUUCAAAACCCUGUUAGGGAUCGUACCUGUAAAAGAUAGGAUCAUUGCAAAUAAGGAUUGCGCUUGAAUACAGUCCAGUAUGUUCCCGAGGAAGGAAAAGCAUCAUGUGUGGCUAGUCAACAACCUUUCAAGGCCAAUGUUUGAUACCCCCUGUGUGUGCGUGUGUGUGUUUUAUACAUAUCACAGACUUACUGGUAAUGGUAACAUUUGCCUUGCCCAGCGAGCAAGACCCACAUAUUUUUAAGAAAGUGGGUCCAAAGAACUCUGUAGGCCUUGUAGGCCUGAAUUAAGGCUCAUUUUUCAUCUACUAGUACUCAUUAUCUGAAAUUCAAAAGAAAAAAAAAUAGAAUGAAUGGGAAUUCUGCUACCUACGUCUCUUUCAAAACAAUAGAUUCCUUCUCCUGUUUUUAAACAAUGGAACGUAAUCCCAUCUUUAUUUAUGGCUGUAGUUCACUCUUACUCAGCAAAGCAUGGGCAAGGAAGUUGUGUUUUUCUCUGCAGCACCAAUGCAAAAGAUAGUUACCGAUUAUACUUUAAUAUUUUCAGUGUUACAAAGAGAGGAAAGAUUUUUAACAUAUUUGAAGGGUUCCUUUGCAUUUCUUUGAUAGCUUAGCAUGCAAAGUCCAGGCAAUAUAUUGUUUUAUCUAUACCACAGCACUAUGUUUCCAGUCCAGCUUCUUGGGAUAUUAUGGCCACCAAAUUGCUAGAUUUUCGGUGCCUUGCAUUUAUCUUAUUAUUUUGGUUUUCCCUGUAUUCUACAAAUUUAAGAAAAUUCUAAUGAAAGAACAAGGUCAAGAAUGUUUCUUUUUUGAUUACUAAAUGAAAUAAAUACUAGUAUUUAUUUAUUUUUUGAUAGAGAGCCUUGAGGCCAAAAUGAAAGAAUAGUACAGGCUAUUCUUACAAAACACUCUUAUGGAUAAAUUUUUCAAAGUAGAUACUGGGAAACUAUAUUGAAAACAAGAAAGCAUGAUGUGGACCAAAAUGUAUCUUUGUUCUGGAAAAUCAUGUAUGAAAUGUCUAAACAUUUGCACUCAUGUUUGUUUUCCAUUUCAACUUUGGAACUUUUUUUUCAACGUGAUUUUAAAUAUUGGUUUACUUUUCAUAGUUAUUAUGGAAUGUUCAGAUUUCCUAUUUGGUUUGGUGGUAACAGAUUAAACUUUGAAUUAACUCUUGAAUCUUGAUUCAUAUCAACUUCUAUUUGAAUAAGUAAGCCCUUAAGGUAGGUGUGUAGCACAUUGCUAGUAGGUUAUUCAUGUACAACAGGAGUAUUUGACCCUCCAAUUUCUUGGUUUCUCCAUGCAUGGUAAGAGGCUGUUUUAAGUUGAUUUCUUUCAGCCACAUAAGUGAAGCACAUUAAACAUUAUUCUGUUCCCAGAAUUUAGUAGCAUUUGAAAAAGAACAACAAAAAAGAUUAAAAGUGUUUUACAAUAAAGGAAAGAAUUGGCACACAAAAAUGAACCAUAAACAUCCUUUUCUCCUUGGCUUCUAGAGAAGGAAUAUCUUAGAUAUGGGAAGAAGGCUUUUUUUAAAUUUUAUCCCCACACAGGGUAGAAAGGAGUCAUUGUGGUUCUCCACAAGUGGCCUGGGGGACUUUAGAAGCCAUGCCAUUUCAGACACUCUGCAUAGUAGACACAGAAUUGGUCUCUGCCCAGCUCUACCAGCCUGUCACAUUUUUUUUUCUGAAUUUUGAAAUGUUUUGUGGGGUUUUUUCCUAGAGCACCAGUUAUUAGAGGCUGCUUACUUUGAUUUUCAGUAUACUUCUGUACUGUGCAACUGAAAGCUCUCAGACAAGAGUGCAAAAUAAAAAGUGUGAAAUGUAUCAUUUCCCUUUCAUUUUGAUGAUGAUGAUGAUGAUGAUGAUGAUGAUGAUGAUGAUGUAGUAUGGAGCUUGGAGAGGGGAGAGGUUGGGGGCUUGUAAAUCACCUCAGGACUUGGAACCAAACAUAAACCAUGAAGCAUAAGGUGAGGUAACAUCAGCUUGUCAACUCAUUUUAUUAUGCCAGUAAGAUUUUUUUUUUCUGCUGCUCCAGACUUGUACUCAUUGCACAAUUCUUCUGUUGGGGCACCUUUUCUUCUCUUUCCAUGUACAAAGAGGUUUUGGGGCCAGAAUCAAGAUUAGCCAAAGGGAACUACUCUCUUUUGCCAGUUGCAAUACAUUCCCUUAAAUUUUUACAUUCGUGCCCAUACUGCCAUGUCAACCAGCCAUGUAGUUAAUAAGAAGACCGAGUUCAUGUUUGUAAAUGAUUGGCACUAUAUACUAUAAGUAGAACACAUGUAUUCCCCUCUUUGUUGUAAUGGAUGUAGAUUGCCUUCACACCUUCCAUGACUGGGAGGAUCUUAAAUAAGCUUAUUUGAGAAUCUAAAUCCAUUUCAGCACAGAGGAGAGAACGUGUGGUUCCUUGUACUUUAGUUACUUUUUUUAAGUUUGUCUCAUCUGUUUGCAUGGGAAAAGGAUGGUAAUAAUGAUUUGCAUGUAGUAGGCUAUAUGUAUCAGACCUGUUGGUAUGUACUGCAAAACUGACAUACAUAUAAGCAACAAGUUUGUCUGCAUUGUACAGUUUGUGUUUAUUACCAUUUUGUUGUAUACACAGAUACAGC